UGGAGACCAAGCUAAACAAGCGCUGCUCUGUGUUUCACAAAGCUUUGUUACUUAAAAAAGACUUUACAGGCAGAUACACUGCAGCUUUCUUUGAUUUUUAUUUUAUUUUAAUCACUUAACUAUAAAUUCAUAAUGGGUAGCGAUUACUACGAGACCCUGGAAAUAAACAGAAAUGCAACAGACGCAGAUAUAAAAAAGGCAUAUCGACGUCUUGCAUUGAAGUUUCACCCGAGCAGCAACAGAGAAACUGGCAGUACGGAGAGAUUCAGUCAGCUGGGUGAAGCCUACGAUGUUCUGAGCGACCCUCGAAAAAAGGCAACCUAUGACAAGUUUGGCCAGGAGGGUCUGAAAUGUGGUAUCCCAGCUGAGCUUGGCAGCAGUGGGGCUUGGUCAUCAAAAUAUGUGUACCAUGGGAAUCCGGACAAAACAUUCAGACAGUUUUUUGGAGGCAACAACCCGUUUGCAGACUUCUAUACAAAUGAUAUACCACUUCAGUUAGGUGGCCUGCAGCCAGGAGUGGUGAAGACACAAGAUCCUCACAUAGAGAGAGACCUUAAUUUGUCCCUGGAUGAUCUCUUCCACGGAUGCACAAAAAAGAUUAAGAUAUCUCGCAGGGUUAUGAAUGAGGACGGAUACACAUCCAGUAUCAAAGACAAGAUCCUGACUGUAGACGUGAAGCCUGGGUGGAAAGAAGGCACAAAAAUAACUUUCCCAAAAGAGGGAGAUCAGGGACCAAGCAGCAUCCCUGCAGAUAUUGUGUUCAUAGUGCAACAGAAGAGUCAUCCUCUGUUCAUAAGGCAACAUAAUGACCUGAUUUACAAGGCCCAAGUCUCUCUGGAGAUGGCCUUGACCGGGUUCUCUGUGGAUGUGGAGACACUAGAUGGCAGGCUACUCACUAUUCCCAUCAAUGACAUUGUGCACCCUGCGUACAAAAAAGUGGUGACUGGAGAGGGAAUGCCGCUGUCCCAGGAUCCUUCCCAGAGAGGAAACCUCAUCAUUACCUUUGACAUCAAGUUUCCCGAGACGCUUUCCGCUGAGAGGAAGCAACUGAUCAAACAAGCUCUGGCCUUUAAAUAUUGAUCACAUUUUAAUACAUGUCUUGCUAUCCUAUGACUAAUGAUUACUGCGGUUACAUUUCUGUCAUGAGAGAGAGCGGUACCAACACAAUUUGUAUAUCUUUACUUCGAGUUGAAAUAUCCACAAGGGGGACAGAAGGUAAAAAAACACUGUGUUACAGCAUCAGCCUUCUGACAGACAACAAUGGUUAAGGUGUAGUUGUGUAGUUGUGAUUUGCUGUCAUCAUGGCCCGUUUCAGCUGCUCAUAUGUUACAAACAUCACCACAUUCCAGGAGCCCAGGCGUAAGAAAGAUGGCAUGAACCUCAAGAGAAAAAACAUAAAAAACAUGUUUGAUUGCAAUUCAGUCAUGUACAGCCAUUCACAUUACUCUCCUCCCCCGGGUCUAUAAAUGUUUGAUUUGUAUCGUUAUCAAUCCAUUCAAAAUUGCCUGUGCAGUCAAUGCUUACCCCUUAUAAAAGGCAAGGGGGCCCUCUUUGGUCAUCAUGGCAGAGGCACAAUUGAGGACACUGCUGUAUUUGCCAAGAGCAGCGUUCAUAUAUCUUGUCUUGACCACAUCAACUGGAGAGGCAAUCACUGUUGUGCAUAACCCGGCACCAAAGGCUGAUACAAAGUGGCAGGGCAGAUUAUCUGUGGAGUUAAAGCUGAAAGUUACUGAUCCAAAGGAGAAAAACACCUACAUUGUGCCUCUGAAUGUCAUGUAACAUUGCAGCCAUGUUUUUACCUGUCAGGGGAGUGGACUUCACAAGUGUAUCCUUGAUGAAAUCAUAUGUCACCAGUUCUGUGCAGUUAACAAUUGCAUUUCGCGCAAUGUUCGGAGCUGUACCUGCAUGACAGAGUAAAGUAAAAGUAAAAAAAAAAAAAA